CUCCACCAGAAAAACGUAACGCACACACACAACUGAGUGCUGCCAUGUCGUUUGUUUCUGCGCUUUCCGUGGUUCCCAUGGCUUCUCGCUGGAGCACUACUUCUGCUCUUCUAGGAAUAUUAUUUGUGGGAUUCUAUAUAGGAUUCGCCAGAUGUGCAUACACGAAAUACUACAUUCACGUGGGUGUAAUGGUGGAUGGAGCGCACCAGCAACAAACACCAAAUUUGCAAGCAAACCAAGCAUAUUACAGGACCCUGUUCAUGGCGGUAGCAAGACGCCUAUCCCUUUUGGGAGCCGGAUAUUUUAAGAUCUCCUUCAUCAUCCAUCCACUUUCACAAACUGAAACCAACGAAGUUUUUGCAAGGGUUGGCCAACCAGCACUCGUCGAAAACCUUUAUAAAAACGUGAUAUUUUUCAUAAAGGCGCAUUCAAAUGUUUUCAACUACAAAAAAGAACUCCUCGUCUUAACUACAAGGCGAGUCUUGAAAACUCAAAAUGGAGCUCUUAGUAAGGGUUUCGCAGUCAAAGGCAGCAUAUGCACACCGAACAGCAUCGCAGUCGUGCGAGAUGAUGGCACAUUUGCAGCAGUGAAUGAAGUUGUCAAAUUGAUUUUGCAUACAGUGGGUGUAGACUUUGACGGUGUCGGAAAGGCCAGCAAUUGUCCAGCUCACGAAGGGUACCUGAUGGGAACCGGAAAAUUGAAGCUGCCUUUGGGCUACUCACUUUGCACAAAGCGUCUUGUUGGAGCUGCUUUAAGAAGGUCGCAAUGUCUCGGCAACAAGAUCAGCAACAAGACGACCAAACGCAUACCGAUUCCAGCAAAGAUUAAAAGAGGAGUCUAUUGUUCGUGGUUCGGCUUAUCAGAAUGUGACGAAAAAGGAAUGGCGAAAUUUGAGCACAAGGCAGCCUCGAAGUAUCAUUGCCUCGUUCACUGCUGCAAGGGUCACUCGCGCAUGGAACGGAUGGUCGCACCUGAUGGUUUGCGAUGCGAUGAAGAUCCAUUUAGCUAUUAUGACAAAAGAUGUGUGAACGGCGCAUGCGUACAAAUAAGGUAAAUAGGACGUCACUACGGCAUACCACCUCGUUUAUACUGACACGUGCUAAAGCCGUACGAACUGUCAAUAAAAAAUUUUAAGGUCUGCUUA